AUGGCAAUUACAGACUAUUUUAGAAUCUCCGGCUUUGUGGCGGACAUGAAGUCUAGGAACUUGAGUUUAUACGGUCAAUGGAUUGGUAUAACUUCUAUUUUCUUAUCCUUAGCAUUGGGUAUCUCCAACCUAUUCCAUGUCAACAUUGUUUUUGUGUUUGGUAUAAUAGCAAUUGUGCAAGCACCAAUUCUAGCACUUGUUGAAAUCCCAUUUCUGCUAAAGAUAUUCCGGAUUCCAGACUCUAUAAUUACUUUUGUUCAAUCGCUAGACACCAACUUCAUGCGUGUGAUUUUCUAUGCAAUCAUGGCCAUCAUCCAAUGGUUAAGUUUAACUUGUAAAGCUACAUCGUUAAUCGCAUUGGCAAUUAUGUUUACAAUUGCAAUGUUUGCCUACGCGGGCGCAAUGCUGCUAGGCCAAGAAUUUCAUAAGAGUAACGUUGUUGCAACAGUCCAGGUUGGGGAAACUCCGGCAGAGGCACAAAUAAGAAACGUUUUAUAG